AUGACCUGGCUACUAAGAAGACCAGGACUCUGCUGGGGAGUCCACGGUCACGGUCUGGAACUGCUACGCUCACGGUUGCUCGAAAGCACGAAAACGAGACCGCUUCUGGUCAGCGCUGCUGCUUGGCUGCAAUCGAAAAGCAGACUGUGCACGACACCGGGUGCUGCUUCGGAGCCUACAGCGCAAACCACUGUUAUCCCCAGGAACGAGUGGACUCCAGAAGAAGACAAACUAUUGCAGACUCUUGUUGAGCGCCAUGGACCCCGCUGGGCGCUCAUUGCCAAAGAGCUGAACUGCUUGCUGAAAAAGGGGCUCGAGCGCUCGCCAUCGAGUUGUGCCAUGCGUUACAAACGAACUCUGAACCCCAGUAUCCUGCGAAACCCUUGGACUCCCGAGGAAGAUGCAACUAUACUGAAGCUCUACCGGGAAAUAGGCCCGCGAUGGGCCGAGAUAGCUCGACGCAUGGCUACGCUUGUGCAAGAAACCACAGAUUCCACGGCCUCAUCGAAGAUUUACCAGCGAACGGACAAGCAGAUACUCGACCGCUUUCGCGAAAAGCUUAAUCCCCAACGCAAGUCCACCAGAUGGACCUAUGCGGAAGAUCAGCAGCUGAAAGCGCUGGUCAAAGAGCAGGGCCCAGGUCGCUGGACAGCGAUCGCUGCAAAGUUACCUGGACGUACCGCGAAAGAUUGUCAGCUGCACUGGCGACGAUGUCUCGAUCCGCGGAUAUCUCGAAGCUCUUGGACAAUAGAGGAAGAUGAGAAACUGAAAAUGCUCGUAUCUCGCCACGGCAGGCGAUGGGCACUUAUAUCGAAGCUCAUGGGUAACCGCAGUGAUAUCCAGUGCAUGCAUCGAUGGAGCAGCAAACUCGAUCCGUCCAUACGUCGCGGGCCUUGGACGCCGUUGGAGGACCAGGCACUCAUUGAGGCGUAUGCAGCUUGGCAGAAAAAUACAAUACGUGAGGCCUCCAUUCGACAAUUGCGGAUCCGCGGACACAGAAACGUCUGGAUCUGGGCAGCACGAGCGGUUCCGGAACUUCAUGGGAGAAGUUCGAGUCAGUGUCGUCAGCGUUUCAUGCAGCUAGCAGCAUCGAGAAAAUUGCCUCAAGAGCUUUUGAAGGAUAACCGACACGAGAAUCGAGCGACCUCAUGA